UCCAGGGUUGGGCUUCUCUCUCUCGCUCUGUUUCGCUCUCUCUCUCUCUCUCUCUCUAUUUCUCCCUCUCUCGCACACACACUCUUCCUUUUUGCCGGUAACAUACACAGCAGCAGUAUACAGUUUACAUCCGGUCAAGAUUAACUCGGUGGCGAUCCAGUUCUGCCAACAAAAAGAAUCAAAUAAGGUUUACGAGUAUCAUUGGUUACACAGUUUCAACGCAGUAAGCUGCAAUGUUCUACUUCCAUUGUCCUCCACAAUUAGACGGGGAAUGCUGUCGGACUAAUACCUUAAACACCAGCAGUUUCGCAAACCACGCCACGGGGGACUUUGAGGAUGGUUUCCUACGCCGGAAACAACGGAGAAACAGGACAACGUUUACUUUACAGCAGUUAGAAGCAUUAGAAGCAGUAUUUGCACAGACACACUACCCAGAUGUUUUCACAAGAGAAGAGUUGGCGAUGAAAAUCAACCUCACAGAAGCAAGAGUCCAGGUGUGGUUCCAGAAUAGGAGGGCCAAAUGGAGGAAGACGGAAAGAGGCAGUUCAGACCAAGAGGGGGGUAAGGAACUGUUGAAUGAUGGCACACCACCUGUUAGAAAUAUGAAUUCACCUUCCCCAAUCGACCAGGCUAAGAAUAAAAAGGAACAUUUGGAGAUACAACAAAGUUUAAACAGGUCAGUUGGUCCCGGUGGUCCGUUCUUCCAGUCCUGCUUGCCUGGAACACUUCUCAAUACAGCUACAUAUGCUCAAGCGCUUUCCCAAGUUGCUACCUUAAAAGGGAGCCCACUCUGUUCUUGCUGUGUUCCAGACCCAAUGGGCCUUUCCUUCUUGCCCACUUAUGGAUGCCAGAGUAACCGUACUGCCAGCGUGGCAGCGCUGCGGAUGAAAGCACGGGAACACUCUGAAGCUGUGCUUCAAUCAGCCAACCUCCUCCCUUCCACAAGCAACAGCCCUGUCCCAGCAACCAAGCAACCCACGCAGGAAAACAGCCCCGACAAGUCAAACCGUUCCAAGGAACAGCUGGAAAAGACAAGAAACUUGUGAGAGAUGCAAGCCAUAUAUCAGAACAAUAAGAUGCAUCAAAUUUACUCUGUGGAUAUUAAAAAAAAAACCCCACUGCCUCUACAUUUAUACAGAUGCUGUGCCAUCAAUCCCUACUGAAUUAAAAGAAGAUAGUUUAUCCCCAGGAAUUAUUUUCACCUUACCCAACAAACUAACAGACCAUUUACUUAUUUAUUUAUUUAUUUAUAUAUGUGUAUUUAUUAAAUCAAUGCAUUCUCUAAAUUAGGACACAUUUAUUUUUAAUGUAUAAGUACUUUUCAUAAUAGAGCAUUUUCUCACAUUUGCUCUAAAGCAAAAUAUGAGGGACUAAUAUUGUGUUAAGGUAUAAAACAAAACAUCCUGACAGCUAAGAGUGCAGUCUUCCACGAUGUGCUGUUGUAUUAACUUUUAUAAAGAAACAUAUGGUCAACAAAUUAUACUGACAAUUAUACCCAUAACCUUUCAGUAGAAAACAAUGUAAUACAAGGCUUUUCAUGUUAUAAUUUUGUUUCUUGUAUGUCAUAUUUCUGAUUCUGUUUUUUAAAAUGUGUCUGUAAUGUGCCAAGAAUGCAGAGUAUACAAACAUGUGGCUGUAUUUCAGUUAAUUACAGUGAAUGUUUGUUUUUUUUUUCAGAUAGAAGCUUAAAUCUAAUAUAAAAGAUUUUCUGCUACAAAUUUGCAUUUCUGAUACAAAUUUGAGUAGUAAAGUGUACAAAAAAAAUACAUAUUACCUAUCCCUGUGCUUGUAUGUUGUAUUAUAUAAUGAUUGUAGAGAGAAACGUUAAUGUAACAAUAUAAAUCUCUAGUAGCAAUAGCUUGAGCCAUCUGGCUCUUAUUAAUAAUUGACUUUCCUGUACAACUGGAGAAAACGCCAAGAAACAAACAAUGAUUGGUUCCAUAAUUUAUUUACUUUUAGGAACUCCUCUGCAUUUUAAAAAUGGAUGCAUUGCCAUGUAUUGUUCCUUUUCAUUACUGAAUCAUACUUUUUUUACAAUAAAAUUAUUCACAGCUGUAAAAUUACAAUUCAUGAACUAGAAUCCAUGUACACUUGUACACUAACACUUCAUAAAUAGGGUCCCUGUACACUUACACUGUACAAGUAAAAACUUCCUUCUAACUGUUUGAUUAAAUUCUUGUUUCCUCCAGAAAGGUACAUAAAUAAGAGAACUCUUCAGCAAAUUAAGAAUACUUAACAGCAUUGCAUCUGUAAAGUAGUUAGGCUGAUUAAAUUUUGUGUCCUUAAGGAUUUUCAGAAAAUUACUUUUGAUCGUCAAUAACGCAAUUAAGUAAACUACACACACAUUAGCAUGAAUAAUUGAUAAGGAAUUAUGUAUUACCACGAAGUAGUGAUUUAAUAAUUCAUGAUGUGACACCCUAGUGAAUGUGCAGAACUAAAUAAUGUCAAAAGUCUUGCCUGCUAUCACAGGAAGCACUGUGCAAAUACAGAUGCUAUGUAGUUUGGUUGUGUAUAAAAAGUAUAUUGUGCAUGAUAUGGAUUUUUUGUACAAA